AUGGCCGACGUGCUCGACAUCGCUGGUGAACCGGUCUUCGACGAGCGCAUCGUCGGCCUCGAGACCCACACGUACAACCCGUACGCUAACACCUCGUUUGGACACAGCGACGAGAUACGGAUUCCCAUACAACAGCAGGAUCUGUACACGUUGCUAUGCGAGAGCUACCUUUACAUCGAGGGUACGUUCUCGAUCGUCGGGACGGCGGCUGGAGAGGGAGAUGGCGGAGCAGCGCACACGGACCAGGCGCGACUGGUGAACAACUGCGCGGCGUUCCUGUUCGAUGAGAUUCGUUACGAGCUCAACGGUGUGGAGAUAGACAGGAGCCGAAACGUCGGCGUGACGAGCACGCUCAAGAGUUACGCGUCCCUGACUCACGCGCACGCUAACAUCUUGCAGAACGCGGGAUGGAAUUUGGCGAACAACACGUUGGGACCGGGCAAUUUCAACCUCUGCGUCCCUCUCGGGACGCUGCUGGGCUUCUGCGAGGACUACAGAUGCGUGGUGAUCAACGCGCGACACGAGCUCGUUCUGAUCCGCGCGCGCAACGACAACAACUGCGUCGUGCUGUCGAGCGACCGACACGAGCCGAAGAUAGACCUGCACAAGGUGCAGUGGCGCAUGCCGCACGUGUACCUGAACGAGAUCAACAAACUACGGCUGCUGCGCACCCUCGAAAGCGGGCAAUUUCUCAGCAUGGCGUUUCACUCGUGGAACCUGUACAAGUUCCCCCUUCUGCAGAGCACGACCGCGCACACCUGGGCCGUGAAAGCGGCUACGCAGCUGGAAAAGCCGCGCUACGUCAUCUUCGCGCUGCAGACCGGUCGAAGGAACGUCACGACGAAGGACGCCUCUCUGUUCGACGAGUGCGACCUCUCCAACGUGAAGCUGUUUCUCAAUUCGGAGUUCUAUCCCUACGACGACAUUGUAACGUGCUACGAACUUAGCGGUGGAGGUGCGGCUCAGUACGCCGGCUUAGGCGGAGUGCUGCUCAACUCGCAGACUUCGGCAGAGAUGCUGCUCAAGACGCAGGCUUAG